AGCAGCCAAUCCCUUAUAAAAUCAUAUUCUUUUCUUUCGAUUUCCUGCCUUCUCGAGUCCUUCCCUUCGACCCUCGAGGCGCUUGCACUAACGAUAAUCCAAUUUCUAGGUUUUUCCGGCCUACUUUUCCCUUGAUUUUGGAGGUAAACGUCGUGAAUCCCGUUGCAAUUGGAAUCUGGGAUGCAGAGCCAACUUGUGUGCGAUGGAUGUAGGAAUGUCCUUCUGUAUCCCAGGGGAGCCACCAAUGUUUGUUGUGCAAUAUGCAGUAUGAUAACCCCAGUACCUCUUCCAGGAAUGGAGAUGGCACAGCUUAUAUGUGGAAAUUGCAGAACAUUGUUGAUGCACACCCCUGGUGCAACUAGUGUGAGGUGUUCUUGUUGUAGUACAGUGAAUCUUCCUAGAUCAGUGGAUCGGGUUGCCAAUGUGAGCUGUGCCCAAUGCCGCACUACUCUAGUAUAUCCCUAUGGAGCACCCUCUGUUAAAUGUGCAAUAUGUCAUUACAUUACAAAUGUUGGGAUGGGUAGCAUGAGGGUUCCAAUCCCUUUUAAUAGGCCAAAUGAAGCUGCAGUUAAUACACCAUCUACUUCAUCUUCUAACAGCCAAACAGUUGUUGUUGAGAACCCCAUGUCGAGGGAUGCAAGAGGCAAACUGGUAAGCAAUGUUGUAGUAGGGGUCACCACAGAUAAGAAGUGACUUCUAAAUGAUGUCCAGGUGUUGCGUGAUGUACUUGCUAUUGUGAAUUCAAAGUUGAUAAUUGUCCUCUAUUUUUGGGAACCUCAGCUAUGUGAAGGGGUACAUAUGAACAUGAGGACAUGAGAAAAGUACUAGUGUUUAUAAUAUAAAAGUGGGCGUCGCACUUCAUUAGACUUGGAGGUCAAUAUUUUUUACAUUUUGGCAGUAUGGAGCGUUAAUCUUGGCUGCCAAAAUAUGAUUGUGUGAGUAACUUCAGUUUCGUAUAUAUAUUGAGAAUAAGAUGGGAAGCAAUAUUUUA